UGAGUUUCAUAUAUCAAAUACUCUCAUUUUCAAUAUAUCACUAUUUGUUGUUUAGUACAUGAGCAUAAACAAGUGUUUUUACCACUAAACUUUUGUUUAUCCUCAUGGAACCUUUUCUAGAAGGCAAGACUAUUUUCAUUACUGGUGUCACGGGUUUCCUCGCAAAGAUUCUUGUAGAAAAAAUACUUCGUGUUCAACCCAAUGUAAGAAAAUUAUUCCUUUUAGUAAGAGCUUCAGAUACAAAAUCUGCAAGAAAACGCUUUAAUGAUGAGGUUAUGCAGACUAAAUUGUUUAGUGUUCUAAGAGAGGAAAUAGGUGCAAAUAACCUAAAUUCUCUCAUAGAAGAGAAAGUAUUUCCAGUUGCUGGUGACAUUUCAUUUGAGGAUUUUGGAAUUGAAAACACAGAAAUGAAAAAUGAAAUGUUCAAAGAAAUUGACAUAAUCAUAAACUCAGCUGCAACUACUAGAUUUGAUGAGAGAUAUGAUAUUUCCAUGAAUAUCAAUGUUCUAGGUGCCUUCAAUAUCCUCAAUUUUGCUAAAAAAUGUACAAAUGUGAAGAUUAUUGUUCAUGUAUCCACUGCUUAUGUUUGUGGAAAAGAUGAAGGAGUAAUACCAGAGAAAUCAUUUAUUUUGGGAGAAACACUCAACAAAAACUCAAAAUUAGACAUUGAUAUAGAGAGGGAAGUAAUAGAUGAAAAACUCAAAGAACUUGAAGCUCAAAGCUUGACAACAAAGGAAGUGACAAUGGCUAUGAGAGAUCUAGGAAUUCUAAGGGCAAAUUUGCAUGGGUGGCCUAACACAUAUUCUUUUACAAAGGCAAUGGGAGAGAUGCUUUUAGGACAUUAUAAAAAAAAUCUUCAAGUUGUUAUAAUACGUCCAACAAUUAUUACUAGUACUUAUAAAGAACCAUUUCCAGGAUGGAUUGAAGGAGUGAAAACAGUGGAUUCUUUUAUUUUGGCAUAUGGUAAAGGAAUAAUGAAUUUCUGCUUUGGUGACCCAAACACAAUACUUGAUAUGAUUCCAGGUGAUAUGGUGGUGAACUCGAUACUUGCAUCAAUUAAAGCACAUAUUGGAAAUGAUCAAUAUUAUUCUUCUCAAGAAUUAAUAUAUCAUAUAAGUUCUUCAAGAAGAAAUCCCCUAAAAUCUUCAGAUAUUCAAUUAUUCUUAUUUCAUUACUUCACCAAAAAUCCAUGGAUCAACAAAGAUGGAAAUAUCAUCAAAGUGGAGAAGCCUACACUAUUUAGCAGCAUGGAUAGCUUUCGAAAAUACAUUUCAAUCUAUUAUUGGCCAUUGUUAAAGAUCAUAGAGUUGGCAAAUGUAUUAUCAUGGCGUUGUUUUGAUAAAACCUACAAGGAUUUGAAAAGGAAGAUUGAUAUGGCUAUACGUUUAUCUGAACUCUACAAACCUUACUUGCUUUUCCAUGGAAGCUUUGAUGAUGCUAAUACUGAGAGAUUGAGAAUGGCAAUGAAAGAACACAAGAUAGAUGAUGGACUCAACUUUGAUCCAAGUUGCAUCAAAUGGGAUGAUUAUUUCUCGAACACUCACCUUCCUGGAGCUGUCAAGCACAUUUUCUAGGGAUUAUAUAUUCAAGAUUCGUGUAUUAAUUAAGUAAUAAAUUAAUUCUUCAGGAUAUUAUAUAAGAAUGAUGUAUUGUUUGUAUUAAAAACAAUGUUAUAAAAAGUACUUUUU